AGGGGUUAGGGUUUUACAGAUACCCAAAAAUCUUGAUCAACACUCCACAUAUCUCUCUCUCUGCAUACUCCUAAACCCUCUCACACACACAUCUCUCUCUCUCUCUCUCUCUCUCUCUCUCUCUCUCUCCCUACAAUGGGCAGCAACCAACCCGCAAUCUCCUUCCUAACCAACCUAGCCCGGGCCGCCUUCGGCCUGGGCGUCGGCGCCACCGCCCUCAACUCCUCCCUUUACACCGUCGACGGCGGCCAGCGCGCCGUCCUCUUCGACCGCUUCCGCGGCGUCAUCGACGACACUGUCGGCGAGGGCACCCACUUCUUGAUCCCCUGGCUCCAGCGCCCUUACAUCUUCGACAUCCGCACCCGUCCCCACACCUUCUCCUCCAUCUCAGGCACAAAAGAUCUCCAGAUGGUUAACUUGACCCUACGCGUUCUUUCCAGGCCCGAGGAGGCCCAGCUGCCGAGAAUCUUCCAAACCCUAGGGCUCGAGUACGACGAGAAGGUGCUGCCUUCGAUCGGGAACGAGGUGUUGAAGGCAGUCGUGGCGCAGUUUAAUGCUGAUCAGUUGCUCACCGAGCGGCCGCACGUUUCGGCGCUGGUGAGGGAGAGCUUGAUCAGGAGGGCCAGGGAUUUUAAUCUCGUGCUGGAUGACGUGGCGAUUACUCAUUUGUCAUAUGGAGCGGAGUUCUCCAAGGCGGUGGAGCAGAAGCAGGUGGCACAGCAAGAGGCGGAGAGGUCUAAGUUUGUGGUGGCGAAGGCAGAGCAGGAGAGGCGAGCUGCGGUGAUUAGGGCAGAAGGGGAGAGCGAGUCGGCGAAGUUGAUUUCGGAGGCAACUGCAGCGGCUGGGAUGGGGCUGGUUGAGCUUAGGAGGAUUGAGGCAUCAAGGGAGAUAGCGGCCACGUUAGCGAAGACGCCCAAUGUUGCGUAUUUGCCUAAUGGGAACAACAUGUUGUUCGGGCUCAAUCCCCGCUGAAUAGGGCUCACUGGUUAAUGAACUGGCUUUGAAUUGCUGUCGGGAUAUUAUUACCUUCUCCAAUUUGUAUGCGGUUGUCCAAUUUUACUUCCUAUCUUUAAAGAUUUGUCAGAAUUACAAGCUCUUCUCGAAGGCUUAGUUUUUGCUUAUAUUGAGAAAAUGGUUAUCUGGUAUUAGAACAUUUUAUUCUGAUAACACAUCUUGUUCCUCUAUUUGUCUCUUAGCAUCUGUUUUGUAGUAAUGUUUUUUACUUGUUAAUAAGAGAAACAUGUUCUUGGCUCCA